CUCGAUGUCAACGAAAUGGACCGUAUGGUUGCCAGCCGUCCGGACGGUAUUGAUAUUGCCUUCGACCGUGGCAAAGCAUGGUCUAAGUACUGUAAAGAGUUGUUGAAUUACGUUUCUCGACGUAUGCAAUUGGAACUGGAACAUGCAAAACGAAUCCAGAGUCUUUCCAAUCAAACUAAGCUUAUCUUAAAUGAAUUUCAAAAUUUUCUUCCAUUAAAAGAUGUGUUUGAUAGCAGUUUUGAGUCGGAUGUCACAUUUUGUGAACAAACCUAUGAUGCUGUAAAACAUGCUCAGGACAGGUUUAUAAAGAAAAUAAUCUUUGUACAAAUUACGUAUCCUGCAGUGACAUUCCGUUUACAUUUAAAGGCUUUGGAAAUGAGGAGAGAUGAUCACGAACGGCAGCGGAGGUUGCUAAAAAAUGAGUGGAUUCGGGUGACUAAACUCGUUAAGGAUACACAACAAGAGCUGGUACGAGCCAAAUCAUUACUUGAGACACGUGUGGACGGUUAUCGUCGAGCUCAAGAAAAUUUUGAGAAUUCAAAAGCAGUAGGUACGGCAGUUGGCAGUGAAUUGGUACGUCGUCGAAAGGAGAUGGAACGAAGAAAAAAAAAUGAGGAAGAAGCUCACAAUAAGCGGAUAGAAGCUGAAGGUCAAGUGGAAAAACUUGAAAUGGAGUUGGAAAAGCGUCAGCACCAAAUGCAGGAUACCAAAGUCAGUACUUACACAUCUCAAUUAGCAUUAAUAAUCAUCACUUUAAAUUUAAAAUUACAGAGAUCUGGAGUCAAAAAACUUAUAUUUCAGGUUCGUAUCGUUGGUCAGCUAAGAGAGCUGGUGUAUCGUUGUGACCAGACAACGAAGGCCUGUUCUACACAUUAUUUCCAGGCACUAUCUAAUUUAUGGGUGGCACAGCCUGGUAAAUACCACGAGUUUGCUGAAGCUACCAGAAGUUAUUCGCCUGGGACCGAAUACAUGUCGUUCCUGCAAAGUCAUUUACCACGUCGAACCGUUUCAUCUAGCUCUUUAUACAGGACACGCCCAUGGGCGAGAAAUAGUGAAAUAGUGCCAAUACUGUUCGGGUACCAUUCAUCUGUGCUAAUUCAGUUGUCGUGCUCUGCUCAAGAUAAAGGAACUCACCAUUUUCAAAAAGUUCGACAACCGACAAGGUGUGUUCAGUGUGAUGCAUUUUCAAUAUUUUCGACUGUACAAUGCACUCAAUGUCGUUUGAUGUGGCAUAAAUCUUGCGUUCCGCGAAUCAGCAUAACCUGUGAUCAAAGUAUGGGAGCCUCAGCAGAAAGUCCUAGGCGGAUGAGUAUCUUUGGAAUUCCAUUACAUAUUCAUUUGGACGUUAUAAAAAAACAGUGUCCAUUAAUCUUAGAAUGCUGUAUAGAUGAAUUACAAAGGCAUGGCCUAAGAGUGAGGGGUAUAUAUCGAACAUGCGGGGUAAAAAGUAAAGUAGAACAAAUAUGUGAAGAAUUUGAAAAAGCGAAAUCUCACAAAGACGUUAAUCUUUCUGGCUAUCAUCCGAUGAACAUUGCCUCGGUGGUUAAACUCUACUUAAGACAACUGCCUCAACCUCUGCUGACUCAGGAAUUGUAUAGCGAUUGGGUUUCAUUUGCCGAGAAUAAUCUUUCCGAAGUGGAAUCGUGUGCCGUAGAAAAAAUGAAAGGCCUGCUGAGAAAACUUCCUCCAUGUAAUUAUACCACUCUGAAGUUCCUUUUAGUCCAUCUUAAUCGAGUAACGUGGUUCGAAGUGGAUAACUUGAUGACUGCAUCAAAUUUGGGUGCCGUGAUUUCGCCGUCGCUCAUAUGGAAGCACCCAUCGACCCCGCCGUCUAGCGAUUCUUCGUUUUUCAAUGAUGCCCAUUUGAUGAGCAAAGCAGUUGAACUACUCAUAAAAUUAGCUUUUGAAGUGUUCGAACUUGAUCGUAUUGAAGACUGGAAAGCAUUCUUCCAGAAGUACCCUGAAUUGGAGGAACCGCAGUUGGUUGAUCUUGAAAGUGAAGCUAGCAUAACAGAGGAAGGAUUGGAUGAUUCAAUUGAUUAUGAAGAUGCAGAAGGUUUGAUAUUCCAGCCUCAACCACCUACUCCAGAUCUGCUAAAGAACACAUCGCGGAGCAAGAAAGAAUCAUAUUCGGCAAGUGAUGAUUUGGACAGCCCUUUGGGUUCUACGGGUGAAGCGAGUGGAUCUGGAAGUGGCUGUGCUCAACGUUUUUCAUUCUCGUCAACAGUUCAACUGCGUGAUAACGUUAAUUUACCAAAAACUAAGCCAGAAAAAAAGCGUAGCUAUACGACGUCCAUUCUUGUCUCACCGAGGUCUGACAGGAAGCCGCAAAAAUAUAACUCAGUAGAUGUCCCAAAGAUAAGUAACCAUGGCUCUAAUGAAGUUGACUAUGACGCUUUGGAGGGACAGCAGUUCUUUACCAGAAACGAAGACAGUGAUGAUUGCUUUUUGAAUCUAUCUGAUAUGAGCAUGAGCAUGAAUCGUAACUUUGGUAAUAUUUGUUAUGGCUCUGAAAGGAACUCAGGUCUAAAGCCGGACCUCAGCCAUGAAGCCGCUUUCACCAUGUCCGGCAACAAGAUGUGCUUACCGUCAGCUGGUGUUCUUUUCUCCGGUUCUGACGUAAGCUACGUUUGA